AUGCCGAGGAAAUAAUUGUCCAAAUGAAUGAUCGCUAAUCGGUAACCUGGUAUGAGUUUUCGAAUACCACCACGGAUCGAUGCGCUACGAAGUGUCUGAGAGGAAACUUUCUUUGCCCCUUGACCACGAUGAAACUUCUCUGGGAGCUCGGAGCUCUGCUUGUGCCAAUCGUGCUGCUGGUGGCAGGGUCUCGAACGGCCAGCGCAAAUCCUGAACGAAAGCUGAAAGAUGGGGAGAGUGUGACGCGAGUUACAGUUGACUGGCAUGAGACGGUGGCGGUGAGCCGCCUCACGCCAUCGCUACAGGUGGUUGUCAAUCCCCUUCUCCGCCGAGAUUCGCCCGUCCACGAUGCCAUGUUUAAUAGCCUGGCAGAGUUAAAGGCCCACUUUGUACGUUACGUACCAUGGAAAUCCUAUCCAAAGUUGGCAGUGACGGAGCUGGAACCCCCGUCCGGCACAGCCGAGUGUCGAUUCAUCACCGGGACAAAAGAAACAAACGAGUUUGUCCACAUUGCGUGCGGCAUUGGGCAGAUCUCUAAGGUGGACUUUGCCAGCUUUGGAAACCCGACCGGUUUCUGCGGAAAUCUCUCUGUCGGCAAGUGCCACGCGGAGGACACUCUUGAAUUUGUCAAGAAGCAGUGCAUCGGGCUGGAGAGCUGCUCGUUCCCGGUGAACACGAAGACAUUCGGUGAUCCAUGCCCAGGAACGAUCAAGGGCUUUGCAAUGCAGGUCCAGUGCAAACCGCCCAUGAACCACACGUACUAUGACUUUGACCUGAUCAACCAGAUGCUAGAGGACUUCAUGAACGCCACCAGCAACCACUCGGUCAUCAUCAACUUCUCCACCAUACCGGAGUGGAUGUACAAGGACAAGGACCGCGUCAAAUACCCGGACGAUCCGAAUCAAAUAGCCCCAUACUCUCUGGGCACUGAGCUGGUGGACCCAACGGCAAAGCAAGUCGGAGACUACUACGGCCGACUGGUCAGCUGGUACACGCAGGGCGGAUUUGUGGACGAGUACGGUGUGGAGCGUCGCUCACCGUACCACUACGACUUCCAGUACUGGGAAUGCCUCAACGAGGUCAACGGCGAGCACAAGAACACACCAGAGUCCUACACGCGCAUCUACGACCAGAUGGUGAUGGGCAUCCGCCGCCAUGGCGACCCGGCGCACAAGAUCAAGUUCAUGGGUCUCGCCCUGGGCGGUGCGCUGCACGCAGACUGGUACACGUACUGGCUGAACAAGUCCAAUCACGUCUCCGACGACAUCCCCCUGGACGCCAUGAGCUUUCAUUUCUAUGCGAGCUGCGAGAAUCGCACCGACCCGGUCAACUACCAGGAGUUCUUUGCCCGCGCAGAUACGCUAGUCUCUCAGGUGUCCAAUGUCACUAGCCUGCGCGAUGCCAUGUCACCACACACGCUGAUUGAUAUCGACGAGACCGGCAUCAUUCUACCGGAUGACAAUGUUGUUGGUGCUCCCAUGUUUCCGCUCGUCUAUUACAAUGCAGCGGGGGCCAUGUUCGCCUACCUGUACGGCAAGCUGGCUGCGACAGGAAUAGACGUUCUUGGCGAGAGCCAACUCGUGGGCAACCCAACCUUGCCGGACCUUGAUCUCCCGUCGCAGUAUCCCAGCGUAGCCAUGCUCAACUGGACCAACGGCCUGGGAAACGCUAGAUAUCACGUACUCAAGGUGCUCAUUGAGAACUUCCAGCCCGGUGAUAAACUGGUGAAGACCACCGCUGUACAAAGUUCAAAACCAGGUCCGGUCGGGCCGGAUACAUCGUUUUGCGGCCGAGUUCCCAACCUGGAGGUGAUGAACCUAAAGUGUACAGAUCCUACGGCCACUAUUGACAAGAUCCUGUUCGCAUCAUACGGGACAGUGAAGGGUUACAUAUGCGGACAGUUUGAAGUCGGAAAGUGCAAUGCGGCAAACAGCACGGACAUUGUGGAGAAGGCGUGCUUGGGGAAGAACACGUGCAGCAUCGACGCCAACACACCCGUAUUCGGCGAUCCGUGUGUUCUCACGUUCAAGUACCUUGCCGUGCAGGCCCGCUGCACCCAUGGCAACGGAGAGGGCACAGGAGGUGGCGGUGCGGAGCCGGUAUACGCACAGGCGUUCACAGCACCGGACGGAUCCAACCGCCGAUACAUCCUGGUGAACAAGACACCCGAGCACCAGCAGCUGCAAGUCGCCGGUGCGACGGGCGCAACGGCGUAUCUUGUCGACGAGACGCGACCGACCGGGCCGGCUGAAGAACUCAAACUCACGUCCGAUACCGUCAGGCUAUUGCGCUACGCAGUCAUGGUCGUUGUCUUGCCAAAAACAGGCUGAGAAACUGCAUGCUCAUUCAGAGCCCUGUGUGCAUUUUCUAAUGAUGUUCAGACUACAGCAUAGCUACUUCAUCUUGCUCACAAAGUCAUGUUCCCGGACCAGCCAAAACUGCAGAUGAACCUGGCCCAAAAACUUGGAUCAGAGUGAGUGUCGUUCUUUUUUGUAUAAUUUAUCAAAUCAUUUUUAGCCGCCGACAGACAGUUUUUGAUUGUGAUGUAAGUAGAGUUCGUGAGUGCUGUGUUUGUUAUGAAAAACUCGCCAAACUCUACUCUACAGUGUGUUGGUGGAGAAUUGGUUCCUCUAAAGCAUCCUACUUCUAAAUACGUUCUAUAUAUUGUCAAACCAGUUAAUAUUAUAUUGUCUAGUACAACUCAGUAAGACUAUGCCUGCAGCUGCAGAUAAAGUGCUCAACAUCCAAUUUCUUGGGGGGAGCAAUGAC